AUGAAUGUCUGUAGGUUACGCUUAACUGUACCGCCCGAUGAAGGCUCACAGCCCGAACAGGGAGCAAAGGAACCUGAAAGAAAGAAAAACCUCUACCAUGUACCUAAUGGCAUGUCUCCAGGGAAGCUCUCUCAUGGGAUGGUGUAUGGCGUCGUGCACCGAACUGACAACAACCAUAAGAGAGAAAUGGUGGUUUAUGGCUGGUCAGCUGAUCAGCUGAAAGAGGAGAUGAAUUACAUUAAAGAAGUUAGAGCAACUCUGGAAAAAGUGAGAAAGAAAAUGUAUGGUGAAUAUGAUGAAAUGAAACGAAAAAUACAGCAGCUUACAAAUGAACUGAAAGUGACAAAUGCUCAUCAGGAAUCCUUAGAGAAUCAUGUGCGAGUGCAGGCUGCAGCCUUAGAUAGCUUUAGUGAAAUGAACAGCUCCUUGACAUCAGCAUCAAUAGACUUGCAGAAAACCCUAGUUGACGUUACGUUGGAGAACACUGAUAUAAGGGAACAAAUAAGGAAUUUAAAACAUACGCAUGAACAAUCUAUGGAAAAGCUGAGAGAGAAGCAAAAGCAACUGGAAACAGCACAAAUUGAAAAUCAGCUACUGAAAUUAAAGGUGGAAUCAUCGCAGGAAGCCAAUGCUGAAGUCAUGAGAGAGAUGACAAGAAAGCUGUACAGUCAGUAUGAGGAAAAAAUGCGAGAAGAGGAGCAGAAACAUAAAGCUGAAAAAGAAAUCCUCCUAGAGGAAACGAAUCGGCUUCUGAAGGCUAUUGAAGAGGCAAAUAAGAAGAUGCAGGUUACAGAAACAAGCAUACAGGAAAAAGACCAGAGAAUUGGUGAGCUGGACCGGCUGAUUGAACGCAUGGAAGAGGAACGUCACCAGCUGCAAAAACAACUGGAACUAAAUGAAAUGCAAAUAUCUGGAGCAAAAUCUGAAAACAACUCCGACAGUGAAAGAUCACAGCAUUUGGAGGAGGUAGCAGCUAGCCUAAGAGAGCGAAUCAAACAUCUGGAUGAUAUGGUCCACUGCCAACAGAAGAAAGUCAAGCACAUGGUUGAGGAGAUUGAAAUGCUAAGGAAGAAAGUGAAAGAAAAGGAAUUAUUCAUAGUACAGCUUUUAGAAAAAAUCUCUUUCUUAGAAUGUGAGAAUAAAGAAUUACAAGAUAAGCUGGACUACUUAAUGGAAAACCAACCAAAGACCAAUAUAGAAACCAGAGAUACUGGUGUAGGAUGUGAUCUUCCAUACAGUACUGAGAAUGGAAGAUCUCCUGAAAGCGCAAGGCCGGUGAGGACAUACACCCCAUUCAAGAGAGUGCUGGAGUUUAGCACAAAGAACAGUACAUCUUGA